AAGAAAUGUAAGCAUUUUUUUAUUGUUUUAAUAUCAUGGAUACAUAUGCUUAUGUGUGUGUGUGUGUGUAACCACAAUAUACACAGUUUAUAAGCUGAUUGAUUCAUCUAGAAUUUAUUCAUUCGAUUUCAUUAAAAUCAGCUAUAUUCAUAUCACCAUAGUACAAAGUCCCUCAAGAAUAAUUAUCCAUCCAUGGUGUAGGCAACCACAAUAUGAUAACCGCCUUCACACCUCUAAUACCAUUUGGAAAUAUUUGGGGGCAUAGGUUUUUGUUAUUCCGACAUGCGUUUAUGAUUCUUUUUUAGAAAAUUAUCUAGUAAACUAGGAAAUAAUCUACAAAGUUAAGCUUUAUCGUGCUUUCAGAGAACUAAUUAAACAAUUAAGAAACACUAGUGAAAAGCUGUUUCACUAUAUUUUUCCUUGUUUUUCGACUAAGUAAAGUUAAAUGAAUAAUAUUGUGCUAAAAAGUACCAACAAUUAAGAAAUCCAAGUAAUAUACCAUAUGGAAUACCUUUGUAUAUGAAACAAAUGACAGGAACUACUGAAAUAGAUUUUUUAAUGAUUAAACAAUUUACCGAUUUUUAAAACAAUUUAAAACACUAUCGUAUUGUGAGUACCAUGUUGAUGUUUCUUCUUGAAUAAUUACCAUUUUUUAACAGAAUGGCUGUAAUGUAUAUACUUGAAAAAGAAUUCGACAGUAUUGAUAAAAAUUCUGAUGGAUUUCUAAGUAGAGCUGAAAUUAUUAGCUGUUUGGAAAGCUUUGGUUUUCCUAAAAACAAAGCUGAAGAAGUUAUCAAACUGUAUGAUGAAAAUAAAGAUGGGAAAAUAUCUAAAAAUGAAUUCAUGAAAGCUACAAAUAAGAAACUUGCACAAUCUGAUGUAUCAUGUGCUGCAUUAAGGAAAAUAUUUCGUGAAAUGGAUCGAAAUAAAGAUGGAACUAUUUCAAAAGAAGAAAUAAAAAAUUAUAUGAAAAAUGAUUGUAAUUUUAUAUUUCCUAUACAAGCUGAACAAUGGGUUGAUAAAUAUGAUAAAAAUAAAGAUGAAAGAUUAAAUUAUGAAGAAUUUAUUGGAUUUGUUUCAGAAUAUUUGUAAAGAUAAUUUCUUUUUUGGCAUAAUAAUUAUUAUCAUUGUACUAAUUUUCAUAUUCAAUAAGUAUAUUUUAGUGAAUGACAAUAUAAAUUACAUUUUUAGUACUUUUUUUUUGUUUAUUUGAAUGAAUUUUCAAAUUUAGUAUUGUUUCAAUACACUUUUAUGAAUAACUGAAGAAUGUACCUUUUUUUAUUGAUGAAUAUUGAUUUUGAUGGUUGAAACCGUAAAAUAUUUUAAAAACAUAGCAGUAUGUAUUCCAUGAUGUUGAUGACUUGAUAAUAAAAAACUUACUUACUUACGCCCUUUACUCCGACCAAUAUUAUCCCAACCCACUUUGUCCUGAG